AUGCCAGGCUUCAAGAUAAGCCCUGAAGAAGGCGCCAAACCAGGAUCGCGAUGGACGCUCGUGUUCGACGGUGCCUCCAAUGCUCGAGGCCAUGGCAUAGGUGUUAUUAUCACUUCUCCAACCAAUUUCCACCUUCCAUUUACCGCUAGAUUGUGUUUUGACUGCACCAACAAUAUAGCAGAAUAUGAAGCAUGCAUCUACGGUUUGGAGGCGAUCAUCGACUUAAGGAUCAAGAUUAUUAAGGUAUACGGUGAUUCGGCUCUUGUAAUAAGUCGGGUAAAAGGUGAUUGGGAGACUCGGGAUAGCAAGUUGGUACCGUACAAGGAGCAUAUCAGAAAACGGGUACCCUACUUUGAUGAAAUCUCUUUUCAUCAUAUUCCAAGGGAAGAAAAUCAGUUAGCAUAUGCUCUAGCUACGUUGGCAUCUAUGUUCAAAGUCAAUUACAAGAAUGAAGCACCAGCCAUCCAUAUUGACCACUUAGAUGAACCAGCGCACUGUCUAGUGAUCGAGGAUGAUCCUGAUGAUAAGCCCUAG